AUGGACAACACCAACUGGACCAGUGUGUCCCAUUUUGUCCUCUUGGGCAUUUCUACCUCUCCGGAAGAGCAGAUCCCACUCUUCUUUCUUUUCCUAUUCAUGUACGCAAUCAACAUUUCUGGCAACCUUGCCAUCAUCACACUGAUUGUCUCUACUCCACGUCUCCAUACCCCCAUGUACAUCUUCCUCAGUAACUUGGCCUUGACGGACAUCUGCUUCACCUCCACCACGGUCCCCAAGAUGCUACAGAAUAUUUUCUCCUCUACAAAGGCCAUUUCCUACAUGGGCUGCUUAGCCCAGACUUACUUCUUCAUUUGCUUUGCAGCCAUGGAAAACUUCCUCUUGGCGGUGAUGGCCUACGACAGGUAUGUCGCUAUCUGCCACCCUUUCCGCUACCAUAUGACCCUGACCAGAAUGCUGUGCAUGCAGAUGGUGGCUGGGUGCCAUGUCCUCUCCCACCUUCAUGCCCUGUUGCACACCCUCCUCAUGGGGCAACUGAUCUUCUGUGCCAACAACAGGAUCCCUCACUUCUUCUGUGACCUCUACCCACUAAUGAAGAUCUCCUGCGCCAGCACCCACCUCAACACCCUGAUGAUUCACACAGAGGGUGUGAUUGCCAUCAAUGGAACUCUGGUCCUCAUCAUUGCCUCCUACGCCUGCAUCAUCUCAGCAGUACACCGGAUUCCCUCAGCCAGGGGCAAGUGGAGAGCCUUUUCUACCUGUGGCUCCCACCUGGCAGUAGUGGCCAUAUUCUACGGCACCCUCACGUGGGUCUACUUCAGGCCCCUUUCCAGCUAUUCAGUGACCAAGGGUCGCAUUGUGACGGUCAUGUACACAGUGAUUACUCCCACGCUGAACCCCUUCAUCUACAGCCUAAGAAAUGGGGAUGUCAAAGGGGCCUUCAGGAAAUGGAUGAACAGACUACAAGCUUCUUUCUUUACAUAA